AUGCAAAUCGACCACUUCAACAGCUCGGACAACCGCACCUUUAGGAAUUGCUAUUGGCUCAAUGAUACCUUCUAUCGGCCAGGAGGUCCAGUGUUUUUCUUCGAUACAGGCGAGCAUGGUAUCUCCGAGUUCAUGGUGUCUAUGCUGUUGGAGGAAGCGAUGGGUCGCUCCGCUUUGAUGGCACUGGCACAGAAAUACAAUGGACUUGCCAUACUUUGGGAGCACCGCUUUUAUGGUGCAAGUCUUCCAUUUGAGCUUGAAAAUAAGACUGGAGUUGCUUUAGCCGGGUUUGAUGCCUACAAGUAUCUUACGACUGAACAGGCACUCGAAGAUACUGUCUAUUUCGCACGAAAUUUCCAGCCAUCUACACUUCGUAAAUACUGGCUGAUGUUAUCCCCAAGUAAUACGCCAUGGAUCUUUAUUGGUGGAAGUUAUCCAGGUAUCAGAGCUGCAAUCGCUCGGCAACGCAAUCCAGAGAUAUGGUUUGCUAGCUGGGCAUCCUCGGCACCAGUGCAAGCACAGGUUGAUAUGUCGGUCUAUUUCAACCCAAUUCAGCAGGCUAUGACGGACAAUUGCUCAAAAGACGUGCAUAUUGCUGUCGACUACGCUGAUAAGGUAUUUCAGUAUGGCAGCCGGGAUGAAGUCUUGUUGCUUCGACAAGAGAUCUACAUGACUGGUCGGGCCAAUCCAGCUAUCAACAAAGGUCUCCACUCAGUAGAUAACUUUCCGCUUUCGCCAACUGAUAUGACUCUAUGGGAAGCUUCCCAGAUACUUGCGACACCUUUCCAGCACACUAGCCAUAACUUCCAGCUUUAUGGUUUUGACUCUGCAUUGUUAUCUUUCUGCAACUACCUCGAACAAUACGAUCCAUCGGCUUCUGUUCUCUUUCCUCACAGUGCGUCGGCAAACGAGGUUGAGGCCUUCAGGGAUUGGAUUCAAACCAGCCAUAGCUCUACAUCUACAAGAAUCGGUAUUGCUGCCACAUACAAUGCUUCGACCGCAUUUUUUGCAUAUAUAUCAGCUAUCUAUCGAAAGAUGGCCGAUGACUAUUCAGACCAAGGGUCGGGCUUUUCAUUACCACCAUCUUCACUUGGAGAUGGCGUAAGCUGGAAAUGGCAAUAUUGUAGCGAAUUUGGCUUCCUCCAAAGCUCCAACACUACAAACCCAUUCAACUUGAUAUCUCGUUUUGACAACAUUUCGAGCGAAGAGUCAAAUAUUUGCGCGGAUACUUUUCCAUAUGCACCUCAGUUACCCAAUGUCAGCGCAAUCAAUGAUAAAUAUGGCGGCUGGAAGAUGGCACCGUCCAAUGUCAUGUUUUCGAAUGGUGAAAUGGAUCCAUGGCGAACACUUGGAGUCCAGGCAGAUCUCGAGAUCAAUCCAAAUGCGGUCAUUAGGAAGUCUACAAAGACAAUACCUACAUGUAAUAUACCCCCUCCGAACGGGGAAGUUUUCGGACAAGUGUACCCGGCUCAGGUGCACAUCUCGGAUCUCUUAUCCUCAUUCUAUAUUGAGAUUGAAGAUCAACCCUCGCCUUUCGAAGCUGGUUUUGACCUUUUCACAAAAGCACUAAAUGAGUGGUUACCGUGUUUCAACGGACUGCAUUGA